AGAGGCCUCUCUGCCUGGGCCGGGGGGCCUUUGUCCGCGUUCCUUGUGGCAUUAGAGCGUCUACCCUCCUCACCCACCCUAGGCUGCAUGAGGGUGGGACGGGCUUCCGCAGUCCUGCUCAGCGGAGGGGCCGCCCUGCUCCUGUCGCUUCUUUGGAUGCCGACGCUGCUGCCUGUGGCCUCUCGCCUUUUAUUGCUACCCCGAGCCUGGCUGUCCAUGGCUUCUGGAAGCCCGCCGGCCCCGCCCACUUCGUCCUCCAGCUAUGUGCCCGGCUCGGUCUCUGCAGCCUUUGUCACCUGCCCCAAUGAGAAGGUCGCCAAGGAGAUCGCCAGGGCUGUGGUGGAGAAGCGCCUCGCAGCCUGCGUCAACCUCAUUCCUCAGAUUACAUCCAUCUAUGAGUGGAAGGGGAAGAUCGAGGAAGACAGUGAGGUGCUGAUGAUGAUUAAAACCCAAAGUUCGUUGGUUCCAGCUUUGACAGAUUUUGUUCGUUCUGUGCACCCUUAUGAAGUGGCUGAGGUGAUCGCGCUGCCCGUGGAGCAGGGGAACGCGCCGUACCUGCACUGGGUGCGCCAGGUGACAGAGUCGGUGACUGACUCUGGCACGGCCCAACCAUGAUCAGGAGAUCCUAUCAGCCCCCCUCCUACUUCCAUGCCCUUGCCUUCUCCCAGUCUCUAAUAAAUGGCUUUCUUUGA